AUGGGGUUCAGUGUGAGAUCUGAGGGCAGCAUGUCUUGGAAAGGUGGACAUCUCUUCACGCUCUUCUUCUUUAUACUGUCUGUUACAGGAACUCAGGCUUCACCAGACAGAAACAGGCUAAAUCCAUUGGAGAGCCUUCCCAGUGCCAGCGUAACAAACCUGCCAAACCCACCAAAGCAGAACACGGGGAUCAGGACUAUAUUUGAAAUGGAAAAGCAUCGCAUCAAGAGGUCCGAAUUCUUCCACUCAGAGGUGAAGGUCUGUCCACAGGAGACAAUGAGAGAGGUUAUAGCAAGCCAUCAAACAUACUACACACUGAGAGUUUGCCAAGAGGCUGUAUGGGAGGCUUUCCGCAUCUUUCUGGAUCGAAUUCCCACCAGCUCAGAGUACCAGAAAUGGGUUCACACGUGCCAGCACGACUCCCUGUGCAUCUCAGACCUCGCCAGGAAUUUCAGCCAGUCACAGGAACAUAUCAACAUGGUCUACAAGAGGGUGAAUAUAAAUAGUGAAAAGUUAGACCGAAUUAUAAUCGACAAACCUGCAACUGAUAUGGCACAGGAAGAGGAAGGUUCAGAGGACAUCCCGACUGAAGCAGCGACAGAUGAAUUUCUCCCCACGGCUGAAUCGACCACUGUCAGCUCUACCACAGACACCUCUACCGCCUCACAGGAGCUGGAUCUCCACAAUGUGGUUCCAGAGCAGCCAGUCCAUCAUAUCAUAGAGUUCAGCAUUACACUGAUGGACUACGGGUAUCAAGAGAUACUGAGAGACAUCGAUUCACCGCAGUAUCAUGAUCUGUCACAUCAUCUCCAAGAUCAGAUGCAACUUGUUUUUGAUGACCUACCUGGAUUUAUUGAUGUCCAAGUGUUAAGAAUUAGCGAGGCAGAAGAGCCUGAGGGGGCUGGAGGAGUGUCUGCAGUCUAUUCAGCUGUUUUUGAGCGCGUCUUACCAACCAUUGCAAAAGAAAGCCUGGACAUGGAUGCUUCAUCUACAGGACCAGCUCUCAAGGAUAUGAUAGCUAAAGCACUGAGCAAAAAGGCAACUCUUCUUGAUCUUAAUUCACUGACCUUUGAGACGGGUAAGGGCCAACCCUCCAGCAUGCCUGUCACUGAGGUUUCUGAAGACAUUUUAACUGAGUUCUCUGGUCAAGAUUCGCACGGAGACCUCAGUUUUCCUACAAAAGAAGCCAAAGUUGAGGUUCAUUUUCCAUCAGAUGGUGUUGAGAAGGUUUUGCAGUCCAUUACAGACCCAACUCUAGACACUGACAGCACCACAACAACAAAACCAACAGCUGAACCCGAGGAUGAGGCAGUGAUCAUACACCAGCUCGAAACUAUUACAGGAGAAACUGAAGAGCUCAUUACAGAAAUCUUUCAAGUGCCUCCAAUAGAGGAAACUCCUAGUGAGGACCACAGUGGACCAGUUGUUAUUGAUGAUAAAGAGACUCCAACAUUACCAACAAAGGAUGAAUUGCCAAUGACUAAAUUUAAACCUACACCCGAAAGUGACUUUAACCUGAACACAAUACCAGAAGACGGCAUAAUCUUCAACCCAGUGACCACCACAAACAUUUUGUUUACCACCGCAACGACCGUCAGUCCCAGGUUAGAUCAAACGAAGCAGGCUGUUACUGACUUCACAAUCACUGUACAGCCUUUAACAGAACCCAUCGACCCAAUUACUGAAGUGACGGACUCAAAUGAGAUUCCCGAGGUGCCUCAACCAGCAGACACUGCAAUACCAGUACAGGAGGACGACGAAGAAGAAGAAGAAGCAAAAGUGGAGAUGGCUCAACCUGAAGUUCUGUCAACUGGUUCUACAGAAGAAACCUUUGUUACUAAAGUAACUACAGUUGUUUUGGAAGAUCAGGUCUUGCCUGAAGAUGUGACUGCAGCUACAGAAACUCACAAGUAUAGCACAUUUGAACCUGUAAGAACCAUUGAGGCAACAAAACCACAUGAAGAUGGAUCUGUUAAACCAACCAUUAAACAGGAUGAAAUAGUUGGGCAGGAGGAUGAGGUUUUAGAGGCACAACCGGAAGAUGCUGUGGAAUCAAAAGAAGACAUUGAGAAACUCAAAACUCAUGAAGAGAUUAUAACGAAAUCAGAAGAUGAUGUAAGUGCAACCAGUGAGCCAGAAUUGUUGCAACCAGAGGGGAAACCUCAUUUAACAGAUCUUAAAGAAGAAGAGGAUGAGCUGGUGGAGCCUGAGAGAGAAGAUGAUGGGUCACAAUCUCCUGAAGUUGAAGAGAAUGAAGAGGGAAUCAGAACUGUGGAGACUGCAAGUGAAGUCCCCAAACCUACUGAACCUCCUGCAGAGAUGAUUAAGAUAAAGCCACCACAGAUUCCUGUUACGGAAACUUUCCUUAUUGACCAUUUCCAACCUGAAGAUGCAGAUAAUCUGCCGUUUGUGCCAGUUGACAAAUCGGAGACAGAAAUAGGCAAACCUGAACAUGUGGAAGACUUUGUCCUGGAGGAUCAGCUCCUCAAACCUGAUGCUGAGGGAGAUCUUCAGAUACCUGAUAUGGUGACAGAGGACGAGACCACAGAUUCACAUGUUCAACCUACUAGAACAACUGCUUUAGAGUCUCCACCAGCAAUGAUCACAGAAUCGGAUUGGAAGAAAGAUGUCGACUUCACAUCUGAUGUUGAAGACACUGAGGAGCCACAGCUCGUGGAGAUGGAGGAAGACGCUAACAAAGAAGAUGUCCUCGUAGAACCAGAAGAGACACUAGGACCUGUGACGGCGGCACCUGAAGACCUUUUUGAAGUUCUAACAGAUAUAUCAGUAAUUUCCCAGACAUCUUUGGAAAUCAAUUAUGGUUCAUCAACCGAAGAAGGGCAGUCAACUGUUGUCCCAGAUGUUGUGCUUGAAGAGUCCACAGAUGAUAAAGUGCUGAAAGUGGAAACUGACGAAGAGCUUCAAACAGAUGUGUCGACGUCUUUGGAAAAGGAUGAUGAAUUACCAACAGAAAAAGUACAAGUGACUGUUGUCCAGGAAGUGUUUAAGGAUGUAGGAAAUGUGAAAACUGAGGAUGGGUUCAUUCAUUUAAAGGAGUUAGAUCAGAUUGAUGUAGUAGGUACCGAGACCAUUGACCUCUUGAGUUACGACAACGGUUAUUCUUUCCCCAAUGAAGGAUUUCCUUUAGAGACAACGAAAAUGCCAUCGCUGAAGUACUUCACAACUCCAUCCAUGACCACAGCUAGCAAAGGCCGAGAGCUAGUUGUGUUUUUCAGUCUGCGUGUUACGAACAUGGUGUUUUCUGAAGACCUUUUCAACAAGAGCUCUACAGAGUACCGAUCACUGGAAAACAGAUUUGUGGAACUGCUGCUGCCAUAUCUACAGUCUAACCUGACUGGCUUCAAGCAGUUAGAAAUCCUAAACUUCAGAAACGGGAGUGUGGUGGUCAACAGCAAGGCCAAAUUCGCCAAGUCUGUGCCGUACAACAUCACUCAGGCCGUCCAGCAGGUCUUGGAGAACUUCUGCGACACCGCAGCUCAGCGUUUGGACAUCAACAUUGACAGCCAUUCCCUGGACAUUGAACCAGCUGAUGAAGGUGACCCUUGCAAGUUUCUGGCCUGCAACGAGUUUUCCCGAUGUGUGGUGAACCAGUGGACCAAGGAAGCGCAGUGUUUGUGUGAGCCAGGCUACAUGACGGUGGAUGGUCUGCCGUGUCAGAGCCUCUGUGUGCUCCAGCCUGAUUUCUGCCUCAGCGGGGGCCAGUGUGAGAUUGUGCCAGGGCAUGGUGCUGCUUGCAGAUGUCCUGUAGGUCAUUUCUGGCACUUUAUCGGGGAGAGGUGCGCCGAGCUGGUCUCCGUGCCUCUAGACCCCUUUCUUUCCCUUGUGUGCCUCGUGGGGACCCUCACCUUCCUUUAUGCCAUCAUUUCUCUCUUGUUUUCUAUGUGCAAGAAAUGUGUGCGGACCAGAAAGACAAUAACUCUAGUAGGCCGAGAGCAGACCACCAUCCCGGGCCUGAGCAGUUAAUCACUGAUGAUUUACACCAUUUAUCAGCAUCACUGAGAGCUCAGGCGCCACAUCGUCCUGCUUCAAUGUUCAAAAGAAGAUGAAGAUUUCCCAUGAUUCCACAGCUCAUGAAGACUGCAGACGGAGUGGUCAGACAUCGUGAGCUGAUGGAUCACCACGCUGAGCUCUUACUGGUUAAUACAGCUGUUUUACCUGUCCUCCCCAUGAGGACGUGAAGAAACGACCCACAGGUAGAAGGUUGGAAAAAUACAUGAUGAUUAAGGGUUUCCUCACAAUGAGGAAGUUAUUCUUCUGUUUGAGCAUCAGUGCAUAAAAUACAGUCAUCUCUCUCCGUAUUGAAGCUCUCGUAGUGUGGAAAAUAAGUGUGUGUGUUUGUAGAAUCAUUGCUGUACAUGAAUAGUGAUUUCUUUUUCUUUGCUGUUGUGUUUUUAGCAAGUGUUAAAGGGCACCAAAUUCUGUC